UUUUUGGUAGUUUUUUUUUAAAGUAAUAAAUUGAUUUAUAAUUUACUGCUUACUGCUUAUUCAGGCCAUAAAUUUUAUAUUUUAUAAAACAGUUAUUUCGGUUAAGAAGUAAUAUAACAAACCGAGAAAAAUUUUCUAUAGUUAGAUUUYUAGAUUUUUUUUCGUGAAUACCUUUUACCUACGGUGGGAAAAUGGAAAUGAAUAGAAAUGAAAUUAUAUCGUUGGUUAUACGUAUGACUUUGUUGUCAACGUGUGCUUAUUUUGGUACUAAAUGGUUGAUCGGAAAGAUUGACCCAACCAAUCAGCAAAAAAAACGAUCCAAGGAGACCGCACUUAAAAAACUCAGAAGCUUGGGUCUUCAUAAAAUGAAAAAUUUAACUGACCACGAGCUGAUGAUUGCUAGUCACUUGGUYAACCCAUAUGAUAUCACUGUUUCGUGGAAUAACAUUGCUGGACUUAGUCAAGUAAUAGAUGAAAUCAAAGAGACAGUGAUAUUUCCGGUGCAAAGAAAAGAACUGCUUAGGAAUUCUGUCUUAACGAAACCUCCGAAAGGUGUUUUGCUUCAUGGACCUCCUGGUUGUGGAAAGACAAUGAUUGCCAAAGCAACCGCUAGAGAAGCGGGUAUGAAUUUUUUAUAUCUAGAUGUGUCAUUACUCACUGACAAAUGGUAUGGUGAAAGUCAAAAAUUAGCUGGUGCUGUUUUCAGUUUGGCUCAAAAGCUUCAACCAUGCAUAAUAUUUAUUGAUGAAAUUGAUUCUUUUUUGAGAUCUAGAACACARCAUGAUCAUGAAGCAACAGCUAUGAUGAAAGCUCAGUUUAUGAUGCUAUGGGAUGGUUUAUCUACUGAUCCAGAAAAUACUGUGAUAGUAAUGGGUGCCACAAAUAGACCUAAAGACCUAGAUCCUGCCAUUCUGAGAAGAAUGCCAGCUACGUUUGAAAUAUCAUUACCGGGUGAACAACAAAGAAAAGAAAUACUAGCUUUAGUUUUGAAUACUGAACAAUGUGCCAAUGAUGUAGAUCUACAUCAGUUAGCCAUUACUACAGCCGGUUUUUCUGGCUCUGACCUUCAAGAAUUGUGUCGUAUCGCAUCAUUAUUCCGCAUCAAAGACUUGAUUAAAGAAGAGGAACUCAAAAAAUGUUCUUUUAACUCUAAUCCAAUCAAUGCAAGCAGUAUUAAUAUGUUGAGGCCUAUCAGUAUGGAAGAUUUGAAUGCAUCUGUGAUCAAGAUGAAAGCAUCCAAAGUAGUUAGUACCACUCAACCUAGGUUUUAAUGAGUAAUAUGAUGCAAUAUUUGAUAGUCUGGUAGUGAAUGAUCAAUUUUAAUGUUUUUUCAUMCUUAAUUUAGUGGUAAUAGUGUGAAUAUUGUCAUACUAACGGAUGUUUAGUCCUAGUUCCGUGUAAGCUCAAAUUGUAUUUAUUUCUCCUCAGGAGAAUAUACAUUGCUUUUGGAUUAAAUUGUUAUUUCUA